CCAAAUGCAAAAGUCGUCUUCUUCAAUUUUCCUCUCUCUCUCUCUAUGUGUGUGUAAUGACCUAAUUUCCAAACACGGCCUUAUAUUCCUUAUUUCUCUCUCUCUCUUCUCCUCUCUCUCUCUCUCUCCCCUCUGUGGAGAGAGGUGUGUGAUGUUGUUGUGACCUUCGUCGUUCUGAUUUCAUGUCGUUUCGGUUUUCUUCACCCCCCGAUUUGACCCCUUUUAGACUCCCUAGAAUUUCGUUUCGUUUCCUUUUCAAUUUCUGAGCUCAGCUGAGAGGAUUUUGCGAUUUCGGUUGAGCUGAGGAUUUCUAGGGUUUUGGAGGCUGCUGGGUUUGUAAAUAUGGAGAGAUCUGAUGGCAAGGAUUUUAGAGACUUCGUUGAGAAUUCCUCCAACAAUGCCCUCUUUGAUGCGUCCCGAUAUGAAUUUUUCGGUCAAAAUGCUGGGGACGAAGUCGAGCUCGGGGGACUGGAAGAAGAAGAGGAUGACAAGACUCUUUUUGGCUCUGUUGAUACUGAGUACCAUUUGUUUGAGAGAGAAGAGAGUGCAGGUUUUGGAUCUUUGUCUGAUAUAGACGAUCUUGCAAGUACUUUUGCAAAGUUGAACAAAGUUGUAACGGGACCAAGACACCCAGGUGUUAUUGGUGAUAGAGGUUCUGGAUCCUUUUCACGUGAAAGUUCGUCUGCUGCUGAUUGGGUGCAAGAUGCUGAUUUCUCCAACUGGUUGGAUCAGCAUAUGUUUGAUACAGAUAUUACUCAGGAAGGGAAGAGAUGGUCGUCACAGCCACAAGCUUCUUCGGGUCAUUUUGGAGAUUCAAAAUCUUCUUUGUACAGAACAUCCUCAUACCCACAGGAACCUGUGCAGCAGCACUUCUCCACUGAACCAAUUAUAGUGCCCAAAUCAGCCUUCACAUCUUUCCCUCCACCUGGAAGCAGGUCCCAGCAGGCUUCGCCACACCACGCGAAUCAAUCUUCUAUUUCUGGUGGAUCCCAGUUGCCCUUCUCUGCACCAAACCUCUCUCAUUUAUCUAACGCUAAUCUUCAUUUGGCUGGGUUGCCUCAUGGCGUGCAUUAUGGAGGGAACAUGUCUCAGUUCACCAAUCCUGGCCCGUCUUUUAAUAGCAGGCCUCAAAAUCAUUGGGUCAGCCAUGCUGGAAUAUUGCAUGGGGAUCACCCUAGUCUUUUAAAUAAUAUAUUGCAACAACAGCUGUCACAUCAAAAUGGGCUUUUGUCCCAACAACUGCUGUCGCAACAGAAGAGACUGCAUCCUUCAGUUCAACCUUCCUUGGCACAUUUUGCAGCACUGCAGUCCCAGCUUUAUAAUACUCAUCCAUCUUCCUCUCACAGAGCAAUGCUUGGAUUGUCUGACAUAAGAGAGCAAAGACCAAAACACAGAGGCAAGCAAAAUCGUUUUUCUCAAGCGGGCUUUGAUACUAGUAGUCAAAAAAGUGAUAGUGGCAGGUUGCAGUUCAGAUCAAAGCACAUGACAUCCGAAGAGAUAGAGAGUAUUCUUAAGAUGCAGCAUGCUGCGACACAUAGCAAUGAUCCAUAUAUAGAUGAUUACUAUCACCAGGCAAGUCUAGCCAAAAAAGCCUCUGGAUCGAGGUUAAAACACCCUUUCUGCCCAUCUCACUUGAGGGAGCUUCCAUCUCGUGGACGCAAUAGUACAGAUCAGCAUUCUCAUCUUUCAGUUGAUGCUCUUGGGAGAUUGCCCCUCUCUUCUAUACGUAGGCCUCGUCCCCUUCUUGAAGUUGAUCCUCCAUCCACUGGUUCUGGUGAUGGCAGUUCUGAGCAGGUUUCUGAGAGACCUUUGGAACAAGAACCAAUGCUUGCUGCUAGAAUAACCAUCGAAGAUGGCCUCUCUCUUCUUCUUGAUAUCGAUGAUAUUGAUCGGCUCCUACAAUAUGGUCAGUCCCAAGAUGGAGGCAUACAGCUUAGGCGAAGGCGGCAAAUGCUGCUUGAAGGGUUGGCAGCAUCAAUUCAGCUCGUUGAUCCACUUGGGAAAAAUAGCCAUGCAAUUGGGCUGGGACCGAAGGAUGAUCUUGUGUUCCUCCGUUUAGUCUCUCUUCCAAAGGGCCGGAAGCUCCUUUCUAAGUUCCUUCAACUUCUUUUCCCUGGUAGUGAGCUUGUCCGAAUUGUUUGUAUGGCUAUAUUCCGUCAUUUAAGGUUUUUGUUUGGUGGCCUUCCAUCUGAUCAAGGAGCAGUUGAGGCAACUGCUAAUCUUGCAAAGACGGUGUCUGCAUGCGUGAAUGGAAUGGAUCUUCGGGCACUAAGUGCUUGUCUUGUUGCGGUUGUCUGUUCUACAGAGCAGCCGCCACUUCGCCCCCUUGGAAGCCCUGCUGGGGAUGGAGCAACGGUCAUCCUGAAGUCUGUUCUGGAAAGGGCAACUGAACUUUUGACUGAUCCACAUGCUGCUGGAAACUGUAGCAUGCCUAAUCGCGCUCUCUGGCAGGCUUCCUUUGAUGAAUUUUUCGGCCUUCUUACUAAGUAUUGCCUGAGUAAAUACGAAACUAUAGUGCAAUCAAUAUAUGCACAGACCCAACCUAGCACAGAGGUAAUUGGUCCAGAGGCAGCAAAAGCAAUACACCGAGAAAUGCCUGUGGAACUUCUAAGAGCCAGUCUUCCUCACACAGAUGAGCAUCAGCGAAAGCUUUUAUCGGAUUUCGCACAGCGAUCAAUGCCCAUUUCUGGAAUCAACACCCGUGGGAGUAGCGGUGGCCAAUUGAACUCCGAAUCAGUGAGGGGUUAACAGGACAGAAAACCGCGUGUAAUUUUAAACAUGUCAACAUACUGUCAAGGGCAGCAUGUCUCUGAACAUCUUCAAUUGCUUUCACAAUAUGAAUCUGCUAAGAGUGGAAUGUGGUAGCAUUGUGGGCGCCAGGGGCAACAGCAUGCCUUACGUCGUGGCCAUUUCAAGGCUUCGACCUUUUAUCUGUUUAAGCUCUUUUCUUUUUCUUGUUUAUUACCUUGCUUAAGAAAAAAGAAACUGUAAUUCUCGUUUUAAUGAAUUUAUAGGGAUAUGCAUAAAUGUGUAUUAUGAUGAAAUACUUGAUGAUGGGGAGUUUGAGACUAGAAGUUGGGUUCUUCCGGGGAGCUUUAUUUUGGUGCUCUGUGUUGAACUCCAGCCAAAACUGGAAGCAUAGGGGUAGUGUAUGUACAGGGUAGUUUUUACAGAACCUUAGAAAACUCCGGUCAUCUUCGACGUUGAUUAUUUGUCUGGGGAGAUGUUGCAGUGAUGCACCUGUUAGAAUAGCUAACCUUUUCUC